CCGCUCCGUCCACUUCUCCCACACGCAAACUACUAAACUACGUCGUCUCCGACGCCUCGAGUUGAGGUACGAUUCGCAUUUGCUGGGAGUUUGAGUCCUGUUGACUCUCCGGCCGCCAGAGAGCCGCCAAUACUGCUGCACUGGAAGGCGACUAGGACGCACUGAAUGCUGCGGCUAGCGAAACGGUUAUUCAGACGCGGUGGGGACGACAUGGCAGCGCCCUCGAUCGACGCAAAAGCCGACACCGCAUCGGAAGACACCUCCGCGGCGACGACCGCAUCAGUGUGUGACCUGCUGAUCGGAAACAACCUCCUGCAGGGGUACUUGGGCGGUGCGGACGCGCUUCGCUUGGAGGUCGUGUCGAAGCGGCACCCGUUCGGGAAGGAUGCGCUGCGCAACCGCACCCUGCUCCGAUUCCCGAGCAACGACGAGGGAUUUAGUUAUAAAUGGUGGCAGUCGCCUUUGCGUCACAUUCUGGAUCGCUACCCGAACAUACGAAUUAUCGACGCAGAAAUAUCGACCAUGGACUGCAUAGGAGACGACAAUCGCCGCUUCCUACACGUCCUGAUGAUCGAGUUGGCCGGCGCAUCCCUGCCGCACCUGCGCGAGCUCCAAGUACCGGAAGCCUACUUGUCCGUGGAGCGGUAUAUGGUCUGCCAGGAGUACCCGCACCUCGUCGUGACACCAGCGCUUGAUGCUUCCGUCGAGCAGUUCCUGGCGGCGGGGUAUGCGUGCGGAAACCGCGAGGAGUAUCCCUGGCGAAUCCACCGUUGUCACCAGUAUGAGGAACCGAAUGGCUGGUAUAUAUUUUCUGCGCCGGGCACGGAUGGCUACAGUGCAAAAUUAGUAAACUAUGAAUUACGGGGCGGGAUCAUAUACUACGAGGCCGUCAUUCGAACGCCGGACAAGGACAUCCGGGUAACCUGGGGGGACGCCAACUCACCCCUGAACGGCGACAUCGAGGCCCUGGUGGACACUUGGCACGAUCAGAUCUAUGAGGCAUUUGGCGCUAGCCGGCACGGGCCUUCGUAUGAACUCGAACCGCCCGGGCUGAUCUAUGAUAUCGUGGCUGAUCUGUUGAACAACAUGGAUUGGGAGGGAGAAGCGUGGCUUGCGUUCGAGCGAAGCUGCCGAGAAGAUUACGAGGAGCAACAGCGCGAGUCUUUCCAGCGGGGCGCCUUCGAUAUGCUGUUAUAUUACAUGGCGGAUUUUUAUGGGAAUGACGUCCAGAUCACCAUCAUGGCUCGUCGCGGCUAGGUCCUAAGAGUACGGUAUAUAUA